AUGCCUUCAUCACCAAACUCAGACGUCGAACCAUGGCCACCAUUUACACUACCCAUCACUGACCUGGUUGCGGGAUCACUAGCCGGAGCAGCGCAAGUCAUCAUCGGCCAACCACUCGAUACAGUCAAAGUGCGCUCACAGAUCGCUCCUCCCGGCGCAUUCUCCGGUCCGAUGCAAGUCCUAACGACAACUGUCAAACAAGAAGGAAUCUUAGCUCUGUACAAAGGGAUGGCAUCUCCACUCGCCGGAAUUGCCGCACAGAACGCCCUUCUCUUCACCGCUUUUCAAGCCGCAAAACGAUUCAUCUCGCCAGAAACACAACGAUUGAGCACUGGUCAGGUAGCAGCAGCAGGUGCGAUCGCAGGAGGAAUAAAUUCAAUACUCAGUAGUCCCGUGGAAAUGUUCAAGAUCAGAAUGCAGGCUCAAAUCACCUCUCCUUCUUCUCCAGUGCAUGCCGGGAAUGCGAAGAAGCUCUCUCAGGUUGCAAGCGAGGUCUACUCGCAGUUUGGAGUAAAAACUGGAGUUAUGAGGGGAUUCUGGGUCACAGUGAUGAGGGAAGUUCCUGCCUAUGCUGGCUUCUACACUGGCUUUGAGGUCUCCAAGUCGGUGUUACGCAGUAAGCUACCCUCUUCGAGCACGCAGGGUGGAACAACACUGCCGAUUUGGGCGCUGAUGGCAUCAGGAAGCAUAGGCGGCAUUUGCAACUGGUUGGCCUGCUAUCCGUUGGACGUGAUCAAAAGUAGGAUCCAGCUCAGUGACAAGCCUCUGGCUCGCGGUUUCGGUGGAGUGCUAGGAUUGAAGUACGUUUCAGAAGAAGCAAAAAGCAUUGCAAGCAAAGAAGGAUUGCGGGCAUUCACAGUAGGUUUAAGCCCAACAUUGCUCAGAGCAAUCCCUGCUGCCGCUGCUACAUUCACCACUUUCGAACUGGUCAAGACCGCUCUCGAAAAUCCGUAG